AUGGGCGAACUACCCGCCACCCCUCCGAGUAGAAAGGAAUUCCGCAGCUACUAUAGUGGGCUUCCAGACUGUCCAUAUCUUGUUGCGCGAUCUACGAUGACUCCAUGGAAUGGUCCAGUAUAUGAUUGGGACGUCUAUGACAGAAUACUUGACCCUGUCGAAAAGCACGCUGUUGUUCCACUAUGGAAUGACUCUACAGGCCCAAUGCGUCGGAAGAUUCUCGAAGCUGUACAGGAUAUUGACUGGAACGCUAUCGACAUCCUCCGUUGCGGUUCCGCUGAUUCCAACGAUCGUCACCUUGUCCGACCAGUCAUCCUUUUCGUAUCAGUAAAGCCCGAAUCGACAACAUGGCUGGACGGAAGAGCCGUGACCCUUAAAUGCCGCGACGUUCUACAAGAACACGGUAUCAACGACGUUGAAGUUGAGAUCAAGGAGUCCAGAAUCACAUAG